AUGGGAAAUUCGAAUUCGUCUAAUAAUGAUCAAAGCAGUUGGAUCACGGUUCCUCCUAAUGACGCUUCUGCGCCUAUGUUUGAACCAUCACUUCGGUCUGUAGUCGAAAGACGACCUAUUUUCUCUUCUAAAAUUUCAUUCAAUAAUGGUCAAUCAUCCAAUUCUAUGCUUCCAGCAGCGAUAGCACCGGAUUCUUCACAAAGCUUUGAUCAGAUACGCUACCAACCCUAUAAUACUAAUUAUGUUCCCGACGCAGUUCAGCAGAUUAAGGGAGCGAAAUGGACAAAUGAUUUUGUGGGUGUUCCAGUAACUGCUGGUGAUAAAUCAUCUGUUGGAAAUUCAUCAUGUCUACCUAACACUCAUCAGUCAACAAACUUCUCACCAACUCAACAGCCUGCCAACUUCUUAAACAAUUCAGUUGUGCAGAUACGAAAUAAUCCAUCACAUAAUUCACCCCAGAUAUCUACAGAAGGGCAAUUUGUCGCUUUGCAUGAUUACGUUAAACGUGUAGAUGAUGAUUUGAAUAUGACCAAAGGACAAAUAUUUAAUAUACUCGAUAAUUCACACUCUGAUUGGUGGUAUGCGGAAUGUGUAUCUACUGGUAAUCGAGGAUAUGUACCCAAAAAUCAUUUAGCAGCUGUUACCAGUUUAGAAUCCAAUGAAUGGUAUUUUGGAGAAUUGAAACGUAUCGAAGCUGAACAUUAUCUUCAACUUCCGGGAAAUGAUCACGGCUCUUUUUUGGUUCGAAUCAGUGAAUCUCAAUCCAGUGAAUAUUCUUUAUCAGUACGAGAAGAGAAUACUGUUAAGCAUUAUCGUAUUCGAUCAAGAUAUUCACGAACUGAUCCUACAUUAAAACGUUUCUACAUUUCAAGACAACUGCCUUUUGUUAAUAUUCAACAGCUAGUCAAUCAUUAUUUAGAGAAUCAAUCUGGUUUAUGUUGUCGAUUGGGAAAACCAUGUAUUCGACCAACCCAUCCAGAACCUGUGGGUCUUUCACACAAACUCAUUGAUAAAUGGGAAAUUCCAAAAUCUUCAAUUAUUUUGAAGGAAAAAAUUGGACAAGGUCAGUUCGGUGAAGUAUUUAAAGCUGUAUGGAAUAAAACAACAAUUGUUGCUGUGAAAACGCUUAAGCCAAGUUCUUGUGAUGCUGCUGAUUUUCUCCGUGAAGCUCAAACAAUGAAACGCUUACAUCAUCCUAAUCUGAUACAAUUGUACGCUGUUUGUACACAGACAGAACCUUUCUACAUAGUUACAGAAUAUAUGUCCAAAGGUUCUUUACUAAACUACUUACAAUCUCCUGAAGGUCAUGCACUAGAUAUGCAAUGUUUAAUUAUGAUGGCUGCUAAAAUAGCUUCUGGUAUGGCGUAUCUUGAAUCCAGGCGUCAUAUUCAUCGAGAUUUAGCUGCUAGAAAUGUUUUAGUUGGCGAACAACAUGCUGUGAAAAUAGCAGAUUUCGGUCUUGCUCGUAUGAUUCAUAACAGAGAAUAUGUAGCACAUGCAGGAGCUAGAUUCCCUAUAAAGUGGACAUCACCUGAAGCAGCUAAUUAUUCACGUUUUACCAUAAAGUCUGACGUGUGGUCUUUUGGCAUUCUGUUGACUGAAAUAGUCACAUAUGGUCGUUCUCCUUAUCCAGGAAUGCAUAAUGCUGAAGUCCUCAGACAAGUGGAUGCUGGAUACCGGAUGUCGAAACCACCCGGUUGCCCACCAGAAUUAUAUGACCUUAUGCUAGAAUGUUGGGCAGCUGAUGAAAAUAAACGACCAUCUUUUGCAACAAUCCACUUUCGUUUGGAACAGUUCUGCGAAGAUGAACAACCAGCCUACAGAAAUGCAAAUACCAAUAUCCAUAGUCAUCCUAAUGGAAAUUCAAUAGUAGCUUUGCAAAAUAAACAAAAUCCCUCCUCUGGAGCCUACCACAACCACAUCGAGAUUUCUGUAUCACCAUAA